CCUUUUUAGUGAAAUAAUUGACAUAAUAAUCUCUGAUAAAAGUCCGUUGAAACACCAUGAAUGAAGAUGUCACUAGCUUCUGCAAGGCAACGUCAGCGUCUAAAGAAGCAGCAUUUUACUUCCUCGAACGCUUUAACUGGAUUCUCGAAGACGCCAUCUCUGGUUUCCUUCGUGAUCCUCCACUCAAAGAUCCAUUUCCUCAGUCACAAGCACCACCGAGGUUUAAGGCGUUGCGAUAUCGAUCUCGAAUUUCUUUGAAACGAAGGUGCUCUGCUACCUCUGUCUCGGAUUCUAAGCGUAAGAUGGUCCAAGAUGAAAUAACCAUAAUGAGAAGCUCUGACACCGCUGCUUUGGCCACCAGAGAGCUUCAUGAUUCUGAUGAUGUAUUCCAUGGAGAAAAAAUUGUGUCUAUACCUAAUCCUAUAAUUCAGGAGUUUAAGGAAGAGGGAUCAUCAUCAGUCACAGCUACAAAGAUUUGUGAACCCACCACCUCCAUAGAAAUUGACUUGCCCUACUCGGAUCCUGAUUCGGACUCUGACUAAAGCUGAAUGGGACUUUUUCUUGAGCUGGAAGCAGAUCAAACUCUAUCAGAAAUUUUAAUAUUAUCUUGCUCACGUACUCAACAUAUGAUCAAUUCUUCUGCAUACCGUCUCUACUCUUAGCUUGUCCGUGCUUCCUUUUGUUCUUUCUCUUUCUCUGUUCCACUCUCGAAGGAGUA